AGGAGUGAGGGGGGGAGAUAGAGAGAGAGAGAUAAGUGUGCAGUGUUGUUCCAGAGGGAUAAAGCGGAGUUGUCUCCUCACUGGGGGAAUAACUGUGGGCUGUGCGGGGUGAGGAGGAGCUGGGAGGAGCUGAGGAGUCCCUCUGGCUGGAUUUGUGCCCCGCGGUCGGUGAUUACUGAGGAAUAAACGCUUCACUCGCCUGCUAGCGUUAGCUUUAGCAUUAGCAAACAGUGAGUGUGUAAACUCCCCGCGCUCUCCGGCCUCCUUCCGCCGCUCCGGCUCGCUGUCCGUGUGGGAGUCAGUGCGGCGCGGCGCGGCGCCUUUAUUCACCGAGCUUAGCGCCGAGCUCGGCAGCGGGGAACUGCAUCCGGUCUGCGGCUGAACUCCAGGCUGCUCCGCUCCGAGAUGAGCCCUGAGGGGGGAUUACUGAGGAACACCGCCGCCCGGAGUCAAGAUCAGAUCAGCUAAGCUAAGCUAAGCUAACGCAGUCCCAGCAGGCCAGUCCGCUAUGCUAGCUACAACAGAGCGCGUGUGAGUUCCCGCAGAGCCCGGGGCCGACUGGCCGCUCCCAGCCUUCAGCCGCCCGCAGCCGCGCUCUGCCCGCAACAUGAGCGUGUGGGGUUUGCUGGGGCUCUCGCUGUGUGUCGCUGCGCUGCGGAUUUGGCCCCAGAGCAGCGCAGAAAUUUGUACGAGUAAGGACAUCAGGAACACUGUGGCUAACCUGCACGCUCUGGAGAACUGCACGGUGAUCGAGGGCCACCUGAAGAUCCUGCUGAUGUUCCACAUGAGAGCUAAGGACUUCCGGGGUCUGAGCUUCCCCAAGCUGGCGGUGGUGACGGAUUACGUGCUGCUGUUCCGCGUGUACGGCCUGGAGAGCCUGAGCGGGCUGUUCCCCAACCUCGCUGUCAUCCGAGGGAACAACCUAUUCUUCAACUACGCCCUGGUCAUCUUCGAGAUGCUGCAGCUGAAGGAGAUCGGACUGCACAGUCUGAUGAACAUCACGCGUGGUGCCGUGCGGGUGGAGAAGAACCCGGACCUGUGUUAUCUCUCCACGCUCGACUGGUCCCUGAUCCUCGAUUCUGUAGAAGACAACUACAUCGUGGCCAAUAAAAACGAGGGAGAGUGCGGAGACGUGUGUCCCGGCAUGGCCACGGGCAAAACCUUCUGUCCUCAGACUACCAUCAAUGAUCAGUUCGGAGCACGCUGCUGGACACAGAGACACUGCCAACAAAUGUGUCCGUCAGUGUGUAAGGCGAGGGCGUGUACGGUGGACGGUCAGUGCUGUCACUCUGAGUGUUUGGGAGGGUGUCUGAAGCCCGACUCGGCAUCUGAGUGUGUGGCGUGUCGUCAUUUUCUGCACAUGGGUGUGUGUGUGGAGGCCUGCCCAUCUGGCUUCCUCUCCUUUAAGGGGUGGCGUUGCAUCAGCCCCGCCUAUUGCCACGCCCUUCACAUACAGUGCAGCCGGAACACAGAGGACCAAGACUGCAACCUCUAUGUCAUCCACCAGGGGGCGUGUGUUCCUGAGUGUCCCUCAGGGUACACCACUGUCAACUCCACAACGCUGAUGUGCACACCGUGUGCAGGAAUGUGUCCUAAAGUGUGUGUGGGAGAGAACGUAGUGGACUCAGUGACGGCGGCUCAGCAACUGCGGGGCUGCACACUGCUCAACGGCAGCCUCAUCAUCAACAUCCGAGGAGGAAAUAACAUCGCAGCGGAACUGGAAGCUAAUCUGGGUCAGCUGGAGGAGAUCACAGGAUACCUGAUGGUGCGUCGCUCCUACGCUCUCGUCACACUGUCAUUCCUCAGGAAGCUCCGAGUGAUCCGUGGAGAGACGCAGGAAAGAGGGAACUACUCGUUCUUCGCUCUGGACAAUCAGAACCUGCACCAGCUGUGGGACUGGUCCAAACACAACCUCAGCAUCCUGCAGGGCCGCAUGUUCUUCCACCACAACUCCAAGCUGUGUCUGAGUGAAAUCCGUAAGAUGGAGGCGGUGACGGGGACGAGAGAGAGACAGCCCAAGAACGACAUCGGCUUUAAGACCAACGGGGACCAGGCAUCAUGUGAGUACCAGGUGUUGAAGUUCACGACAGUCCGGACUCUUGCAGAUAAAAUCCUGAUUAAAUGGGAGCCGUUCUGGCCGCCGGACUUCAGGGACCUGCUGGGCUUCAUGGUGCUGUAUAAAGAAGCGCCGUACAGGAAUGUGACAGAGUUUGACAGGCGGGAUGCGUGUGGCUCUAACAGCUGGGUGAUUGCAGAUGUGGAUCCUCCUCAGCGCUCCAGCGAAGGCCGACAGCACCAGGAGCCCGGGUUCCUCAUCGUGGCCUUAAAGCCGUGGACUCAGUACGCCAUCAUGGUUAAAGCCCAGCUCUCCACCUCUGACGAUCACCAGGUCCAGGGGGCCAAGAGCCAGAUCAUCUAUGUCCGCACCAACGCCACCAAGCCAUCUGUGCCGCUGGACCCGAUCUCCUCCUCUAACUCCUCCUCUCAGAUCAUCCUGAAGUGGAAACCUCCGAACGACCCCAACGGCAACAUCACACACUACGUAGUGUCCUGCCUACAGCAGCCUGAAGCCAGCGAGCUCUACAAGUUCGACUACUGCCAGAAAGGCAUGAAGCUGCCGUCUCGAGUCCCCACACAGGUGGACAGUAAAGAGGAGCAGAAGUGGAAUCAGACGGAGGUCUCGGGACAGAAUGAGCUCUGCUGUCCGUGUCCUAAAACUGAGAAACAGCUGAAGGACGAGGCGGAGGAGAGCGAGUACCGCAAAACCUUCGAGAAUUACGUGCACAACGAGGUCUUCCGCAUCAGGCCGUCCCGUCAACGCAGAGCUGUUAUGGGUGUGGCCAACAGCACAAGCUCCACCUCCCAGACCAUGCCCACUCCCACUCCCCUGCUUGACCUGAGUCCAGAGGAGGAGGCGGAGUCAAGUAAUAUUGUUCAGUCUGUCUAUGGUAAGGAGUCGACGGUGAUCUCCAACCUGAGACACUUCACCAGCUACCAGAUCGAGAUCCACGCCUGCAACAACCAGCCGGGGGACUCCGAGCGCUGCAGCAUGGCCGCCUACGUCAGCGCACGCACCAUGCCUGAGGAGCACGCUGACGACAUCAUUGGAGAGAUUCUUUUUAAUGUUGUUGAAUAUUCAGUACAUAUCAGGUGGGCGGAGCCAAAAGCCCCAAAUGGCAUGAUCAUCCUGUAUGAGGUGAACUACAAGAGACUGGGAGAUACAGAGGAGCUGAGUCACUGUGUGUCGAGGAAGCACUACAUCAGUGACGGUGGCUGCAGGUUGAGAGUGGUGCAUCCUGGGAAUUACACCGUGCAAAUCCGAGCCACAUCACUGGCAGGAAAUGGGUCCUGGACGGAGCCGGCAUACUUCUACAUCAAAGAUCCCCGUGUGUAUGCGUCUAACAUGUUAAAGAUCAUCGUCGUCCCAGUGGUGUGUGUCGUGUUGGUGGUGGUGCUGAUGAUGACAGCUGGGUUCAUCGUGUUCAGGAAGAAGCAAGCAGAAGGACCAACUGGACGUCUGUACACUUCACCAAACCCAGAAUAUCUCAGUCCAGAUGAAAUGUAUGAGCCGGAUGAGUGGGAGGUGGCGCGGGAGAAGAUCACCCUGCUGCGUGAGCUGGGUCAGGGCUCGUUCGGGAUGGUGUAUGAGGGCGUGGCCCGUGACGUGGUGAAGGGCGAGGCUCAGACACGCGUCGCUGUGAAGACCGUUAACGAGGCGGCCAGUCUCCGAGAGAGGAUCGAGUUCCUCAACGAAGCCUCCGUCAUGAAGGCCUUCAGCUGUCACCAUGUGGUGAGGCUGCUGGGUGUGGUCUCUAAAGGCCAGCCCACUCUGGUGGUGAUGGAAUUAAUGACACAUGGAGAUCUGAAGAGCUACCUGCGCCAUCUCCGCCCUGACUCUGAGGAUAACCCGGGCCGUCCCCCCCCUACACUGAGGGAGAUGAUCCAGAUGGCGGCGGAGAUCGCGGAUGGAAUGGCGUAUCUCAACGCUAAGAAGUUUGUGCACAGAGACCUCGCAGCCAGAAACUGCAUGGUGUCUGAAGACUACACUGUCAAGAUUGGCGACUUUGGGAUGACGAGGGACAUCUAUGAGACGGAUUAUUACAGGAAGGGAGGUAAAGGACUGCUUCCUGUCAGAUGGAUGGCCCCUGAGUCUCUGAAGGACGGAGUGUUUACUGCACACUCAGACUGCUGGUCGUUCGGCGUGGUCCUGUGGGAGAUCAGCACGCUCGCCGAGCAGCCGUAUCAGGGCCUGUCUAAUGAGCAGGUGCUGAAGUUUGUGAUGGACGGAGGAUUUCUGGAGCGGCCGGAUAACUGCCCCGACAGACUUCACAGUCUGAUGCAGAUGUGUUGGCACUACAACCCGAAGCUGCGUCCUUCAUUCCAGGAGAUCAUUGAGAUGUUGAGAGAUGAGCUUCAUCCAUCCUUCACUGAUCUGUCGUUCUUCUACAGUGAGGAGAACCGGAUCCGCGCGCAGGACAGCGACGACUUUGACAUGGACGUGGAGAACAUGGAGAGCAUCCCUCUGUCCUCCUACUCCCCCGUGGAUGAGGGGACGUACGAAGGACUCAUCCCCUACACACACAUGAACGGGGGAAAGAAAAACGGACGUGUUCUCUCACUCCCUCGAUCCAGCCCCUCUUAAUGCAUCGUCACCACCCCAAAGCCCCACCCCCUCCUCCCAAUGUAACAAGCUCGGAUAGAUUUAUUUUUCUUCACUGGUUUUUAUAGAAUCACUUUUUAUCACUUCCUGUUUUCUCAUUGGACCCGCCCAUCUCUGGACAUAAGGCUGUGUCCCAAACGCUUGCUAAACUACCAGUUAGCAAAUGAGCUAGCAUUCUACAUAAACCAGCAUUUAGCUAAAGAAAACAAAGGGAUGUGAAACACACGACUUAGCUAUCCAGAUAGCUGCUUUUUUUAAAAAUUGGUCGUGUCUGGGUUAAAAAGGGUGGGGCUUAGAUUAAAUAUAAUCAGUUUAAAUGCAAACAUGAUCAGCCUUUAUUUUAAAUUAUUCAGCUUGAUGUAGCUAAUGCAUAAAAUAAUGGUAAAAUAUAUAAUUGUUUAGCUAAGCUAGCCAAUAUUAUCCAGCUAAGUUGCUAACAUUAUUUGUCCAGCAGUAGCUACCUGCAGAUAACUGGCUAGCCUCGCUCGUCUAUAAGAGAAACUGCCAUGUUGGUAUCACAUGAUCAAGUUUGGGGUCGGCUGAGCAAGUUUUAUCUUAAGCUCCGCCUUGAAACCCCUGUCAGUCAGCAAAACCAGAAAGUAUCAACACACUUUCAGAUAAUGUAGCUAAUUCUAUAGUUUAUCACUACACACUCUGUAAAGUGCAGUGCAUUAUGGGUAACACUUGCAUCUAAAUGACUUAGCUGUGUUGGAGUGGCUUUGAUGAUGGGGGCGGAGCCUGAACGUGACCAUUAACGCGGUGCCUGUGAUGCUGAGCGUUUGGGGCCGUCCUGUGCGUGACGCUGCAUGUGUUAGUGUAUGUAGAGAAGCUGAACUUUAUCUUUUUACAUUCAGCUGAGAGGACGGAGUGUGCCACGCCCCAAACAUGAGCAAACUGUGGACCUCCACCAAUCAGGAGGCUGCCGUAGCUCAGCUCUGUUGCUCCACAGAGAAACGAGGGAAAGAGAGACUCGGAGGGGGAACAAUUAAAGUGGCCUUAUUGUGUGUUUGUCCAGCAAUGUCCCUGAACAAAGACAUCCCUGCUCACAGUGACCUUUGCCCGUCUCCGUCUCUCUGCGCGUCUCGCUUCAUCUACAUUUUAGUCCACGUCUUUUGCAUCCCCUUUGAAUGAAGAACAUUUUCCACCAGCAAGUCCCACGGAACUAUAUUCAUAGUGAUGUUUGAAGUUAUAUUUCUUUAUCGUUUACAGCCCAGUUGUUUCCUCAUGGUUGACUCCGCCCCUAACUCUGGCUAGUGGACUCUGCCCAAUUGCUUUGCCAAUCUGUCUUUAUUUUCAGGCUAUUUUUCUGUUUGAAUUUGUUUUUUAAUAUAUAAUAUUAUUUUUGUCUUGUUGCGGUAGAAUCUUUUUACGGAUAAAUCACAAACUCGUGCUAUAAUUUUUGUUACAUUCAGAAAAAAGUGAAGGAUGCCAACUUUUGUAUCUCUCUCUCUCUUUCUCUCCCCCCCAUUCAGUAUUGUUGUCCCCACAGAUGAUGGACAGAUGUGUGUGGGCUGUAUUUGUUUUUCUUUAUUAUCUCUGUGUUAAAGCUGAAGGACACUAUACACCAUACUGUUUAUCACUAAACCACACACACGUUCCUACCGACCUCAGAGCCUUGCCAUUACGUCGUUAAAUGGGGGUGUGUCCUGAUGCUUUGAUGCAAUACCAUGACAACUGAGAGAAGAUUUUACUAUUCAAAGCUGAGUCCUUCUGCGCUCACACGCCUCGGGCGACAGACCCGCGAGUGUAGCUACUAGUGUUGGUAACAUGUUCAGUUUGUAGUCACUGCCGUUUAAGCGUUUAUAUCUCAGUCCCCCGAUUCACAGUUUUGAGUUUAUUUAUAUUUUUAAUAACAGUUGCAUAAGCUUGUGGUGUUUUGAGUUGUUACCAUGCUGACAAAGUUCUGAACGUCUAGUUUAAAGAAACAGUUCAGCCAAAAUUGAAAUGUACAGAAUGUUGUGGGGGGGGGUUUGAGAGAGAGAGAGAGAGAGAGAGAGAGAGAAUGAACAGACAGAUCUGACCAGUUGGUGCUGCUUUGAUAAAACUUUUGUUGGGUUAUUGAGGAGAUGCACCUUUUUGCAGCUUAUUAUUAUUAUUAUUAUUAUUCUCUUUUUCAAGUCCAGAAUUCAUUCAUACUGCUCUUCCUCUUGCCCAUGUGUUGUAGAAGCCUGAGCUUCCAGGCAUUAAUAAAGUUCUGCUGUUAAUAAAAGCAGUGAGGUUCACUUGG